CGUUGUCUAUUUUUUGAUAGAUUUUCACAAAAUCACGCCAAAUAUCGGCACAGCGAGCGAUCCGUGGUACAAGAUGCUGUGUAGAGACGCCACGUUGGAUGAGCUGGAACGGAUGAGAGUGCUCAUUGAGCAAGAUUUGAUGGGUGGAAAGAGCGAGGAAUACAGUGGAAAUGGAACUAGUGCUUUUGAGUUGGAGGCUAUUUAAAAAUAUUUAAAUUUAAAGAUAUAGUAAAUUUUCGUGUCGUUCUAAUUUUUUUUGAGGCGGCAAAGAUCUCUUUCUAUAACGGUUUCGAUUCAUUUCGUCGUCUGAUUUGAUGCAAAAUGAUUAGUAUUAUUCUCUUUCAAAUCAAUUUUCUGACACUCGCAGUAUUAUCCGUCUUUCUUUGUGCGGGUAAUAAGAAAAACUCGGAAAGAGACGUUUCUCUCGUGCAACCAGGUGUUCAAAAAGUUGCAGCCGCAACGUCGUCGGGUUCUGGAUCCAAACCGACGAACGAUGAUUUUCCGGUUGGAGUCGCACCUCCACACAUUCCACUAGCUGCGAAAAAGUCGGAUGAGAGGACAUUGGCAGAUAUUGAAUCGAUUCAGAGUGAGAAGGCUGUGCUCCGGGAUAAGAAGCUCAAAGCUCAAAUGGGCGGUAACAAGUCCAAGGUUCUCUCUUCUUCACAUUCUCCAGCUAGCGAUGGUAUUAAAUCGAACAAAGCAAAGUGAACUAUUAUGAAUCCGAAUCCAUAAACAAUUCUUGGAUA